ACCCGUAUCUCCAACAGAGACAAAAAUGGCUCCAAAUCUGAAGAAAGGCCCCACAAUUUAUGAAAAUGGACAGACAGAGGAGAAGUUGGAAAAACUAGUGCCUCCUCAAGCUAAUCCUUGGAAGUAUCAAUUUAUAUAUCCAGCUGUGCUAUACCUAAUCACAGCUCACGUUCUUGGGGUAUACGCCUUGUACUGUCUGUAUUACAACUGGAGAUCCGUCAGAUUAGCUACUGUGCAUUACAAUUUGGCAGUCUACGUAUUUGCCAUGCAAGGGGUGACUGCAGGAGCUCAUCGGUUAUGGAGUCACAGAUCGUACAAAGCGACCACGCCGCUUAAAGUUCUACUAGUUCUUGGGCAAUCAAUGUCGAUGCAGUACAGUGUGCUGUGGUGGGCCAUUACACAUCGACUCCAUCACAAAUUUUCUGACACCGAUGCAGACCCUCACAAUUCCGCUCGAGGAUUUUUCUUCUGCCACAUUGGCUGGUUAAUGGUCAAACCGCACCCUGAAGCUCUGAAGAGAAGAAAAUUCGUCGACAUGUCUGACUUAAAACGUGAUCCUCUUCUGGUGUUUCAGAGGAAACACAUGUUAAUAAUAACUAUCAUCAUGGCCUACGUGGUUCCCAUUCUAACACCAGUAAUCUUCUGGUCUGAGAAUUUCUUCCUGUCCUGGCACAUUAACAAGCUUCGAAUUAUCAUGGUGAUGAAUGCUACUUUCAGCAUCAACAGCUUUGCCCAUAGAUGGGGAACGAAGCCCUUCGAUGAGUCAAUUGAAGCUACAUCAUCAGGACUUGUAUCCAACCUGACUUUGGGUGAGGGCUGGCAUAAUUUCCACCAUGUCUUUCCCUGGGAUUACAGUCACGAUGAGCUUGGAAGUCACUUGGACUUGACGACCAAAUUGAUCAAGAUGUUUGCUAAGAUCGGAUGGGCAUACGACUUGAAAACUGUUUCCAGGAAUGUAAUCAAUAUAAGAGCUAGUAGAUGUGGUGAUGGUACAAUUAUUAAAAAGGCUGAAUAAACU